CGGUACUUCGCCAGGAAGCAAAACCCACAUCGACGGCACCUUCGUCCCCCCUCCGCAAAUAGGCGGACGGGGACGACUCCUCUCCAGCGAAGCAAACCCCACCUCGAUUCCUAUUCUUCCUCCCCCCACCACUUUCCCCCAACCUCCCCCCAGCCAGAUUCCACCGCCAGCCCCGACCUCCCCCCCACCCCUCGCCAUGCGCAACUCCGGCGCCACCGCCGCCUCGGCCCCUCCGGCCGCCGCCAUGUACGGCUCCUACCCCGUGCCGCCCGCCUCCUCCGCCGGCUACGCCAAGAUCCCCACCUACCCGCCGCCGCCCUCCUCCUCCUACCCCAACCCCAGCCCCGUCCCGCCCGCUGCGCCCUCCGCCUCCGCCCCGGCCCCGAUCCAGGACCCCACGGCGCCGCCCUCCUCGCUCGCCAAGGCGGCCGAGCUCGUCACGCGGUUCCGGGAGCAGGGCCAGGCGCUCAUCGCCGCGCGCCGCCCCUGGGGGGAGGUCUUCCGCUCCCCCGCCUUCUCCAAGCCGCCCAACGUCGGCGAGGCCGUCUCCCGGAUGCGCCGCAACACGGCCUACUUCCGCGCCAACUACGCGCUCGCCGUCCUCGCCGUCGUCGCCGCCUCGCUACUCUGGCACCCGGGCACCCUCUUCGCGCUCCUCGCGCUCUGCGCCGCCUGGUUCUUCCUCUACUUCGCGCGCCCCGCCGAGGGCGCCCAGCCGCUCCGGGUCUUCGGCACCGAGUUCGACGACGGCACCGUCCUCGCCCUGCUCUCCGGGGUCACCGUCAUCGCCAUGCUCUUCACCGACGUUGGCUGGAACGUCGUCGGUUCGGUCAUGAUCGGGCUCGCCCUCGCGGGCGCGCACGCCGCGCUCAGGUCCACCGACGACCUCUUCCUCACCGAGCAGGAGGCGGCCGGCAACGGCCUCGUGGCCGCAGGCUUCAGCGCUGCUGGACCCAUCUUGCCCACCUAUGUCCGCAUUGGUUGAUUGUGCAGUCUGGCUUGGUGUGAUGGUACUCCAAUCUUCUUUGUUGAACAUUCUGGGUUUGUGUUCUUGUUUGCAAUUGUGCACUGGCAAUUCUGUUUCAUAUAUACGGCACAGUAUCUAUUGCUUCGUGUGUUGGCGUGUAAAAAAAACUAGAUUGGCUUGUGAUCUUAGACUCAAUAGUAAAUUAGUAAUGUGUGCAAUCAUACUAUGAACAUGUUAUACACUUUUCUUCUCAA